ACUUACAAAACCAAGAGGAGCUCAACAUUUAUUACAAUAAAAAUGUUAAUUUCAUCCUGUAAAUCGCGAACAAACAACAAAUCUAUAGAUUUUACAACAAAAAAUCUCUUUAGUAAAAUUGAUCAAUUUUUCAUUAUAUGAAACCGUUGUUAUGAAUUAAAACGCAAUCGAUCCGUAAAUUAUUAGACGGCAGUUCGAUUUGUUCAUUUUUACUAUUGACCUUCGUAGACUUAAACUUGAAGAUUUCUGAUAUCAAAUGAGUCAAGUUCGGAUUUCCUGAGUCCUCUCCUUUUAUAAAAGCGCACAAAAAGUGAUUAAAAAAAUGAUGACGCUCAACUUACGAAGCCUACGGAAGCUGGCUGGUUUGAGAAAUAUUCACACAACACCUGUUUCGAGAAUCGACGCGACAAAAGUUGAAGAAGUGCGAAUACCUGUGCCAUGGGGCCACAUAGCAGGAAAGUGGUGGGGUGACCAAAAUAGUCAACCUCUGUUGACUGCACACGGUUUGCUCGAUAAUGCAGGCAGUUUUGACAAAUUGGUACCAGAACUGGAUGUUGAAAGUGUCCUUUGCCUUGAUUUGCCUGGACACGGACUCUCAUCUCACAAGGCCAGAGGCGCCGGUAUGUUUUUCUUAGACAGCGUCUUUGUCAUUCGGUAUAUAAUCAAGAAUCACUUCAAUUGGGAUAAAGUCUCACUUCUGGGCCAUUCUUACGGUAGCAGUAUUUUUUUCACUUAUGCUGGCUGUUUUCCCGACGGAGUGGACAAAAUGAUCAAUUUAGACUGUGCCCGGGUUCGCAAUGCCGACGGAUUGGAUAAGACAGUUCAGUCCUUUAAAAAGACAGUCGAUGAGAUUUUUGCCUCGACCAAGAAAAUCCCGAAGGAGUCGAAUGGAUAUUCAAUCGAAGAAUGCGUAAAAAGAAUGUUCGAUUUGAGGGUAUCUCUGAAGCUACCAUUGUCUGAAGAAAGCUGUAGAAUUCUUUUAAAACGAGGCACGAUCAAUAUCGGAGGGAAAUACAAGUUUUCACAUGACUAUUUGCUCAAGAUUAAUUCACUGGGAAGAAACACACACCAAUUCUAUUCCGCUCUUACUAAAAACAUCAACUGUGACGUUCUUAAUGUAAGCGUCUCCGAAGGAGGUCUACACUUUGGCCAAUAUCUUGCUGAAAUAGAAAAACAAAUUGAUACACUAAAGAAGAAUGGCAAAAAUGUUAUACAUGCAGUUAUUGGAGGUGGCCACCAUGCUCACUUAGAGCAUCCUGAACUUGUUCAUCCUAUUAUAAACAGUUUCUUGAAAACCUAAAUUUUGAUAAAAAUUGUGGGUUAACUUUUGUUUGUUCUUAAAAGCUUCUUAUAACAUGGUUAUAUAUUGUUUUCAUGACUUUUCUUUGGAAAAUUGUUUCUUCAUUGAAUGCCUGAACAUCAACAAGAUAUUUGUAAUAGAACGGCAUUAACAAUACUUAAGAAUGUUUGGUUAUAAAUAAAAUAAAAUAAAUUCUGUGUUUCU